AUGGCGACCCUGGAGACCCUGCUGGUGCUGGGCGCUCUGCUCCUGGCGUCCGCCGAGGCCCAGCAGGAGCGUCGCCUGAAGCCCUGGCUGGUGGGCCUGGUCGCCGUCGUGGGCUUCCUCUUCAUCGUCUUCGUCCUCAUGCUGGUCAACCGCAUCUGGUGCUCCAAAGCCAGAGCUGAGAAGCAGGAGGAGUCCGUGAUCGGAAUAGAGAGCAACGUGUACCAGGAAGUGGACCUGAGGCCUGGCACCGGUGGGUGUCCGUUCAGUGGGAGCGACUCUGUUUCUUAUUGGGGUCCGGGGCCUUUGUGUCCCUCCAGUAAAGAGGCCAAGAAGGGGAAGAAACAGAAGAAGGAGAAGAAGCCCAAGAAGAGAGGAGAGAACAACGUGGGCCUGGAGGUGGAGGAGAAGGAGGGGCCCAGCGAUGACGAGAAAACCAAGAACACAGCCAUGUGAAGACUGCCCACUCGCCUCCUCCAGGCAGCCCCCCGGAGAUGCCCCUUCCCCACCCUCUCAGCAGUGACCUGGACCUGAAGCCACCAAGAUGACUCCCUCUGGGGUUGAGAAGGCAGCGCCCACCCCUCAAGGAGAGCUCUCUGCGCCUCGCAUGGUCCUUAUGCAUCCUCCUUCCUAAUUUGUCCUGCCUGGUGAUUCUUCUUGCACUUGGAGAGCGUUCCUGGUUACGGAGAAACCCCCAAACCCCCACAAUCUCAUGGCCUCAGC